GGAGAGCCAGGAGAGAAAGGUCCUCCGGGAAAAGAGGGUGCACCAGGAAAACCAGGUGAAAUUGGCUCCAAAGGAGAGAGGGGACAGCCUGGCUUCAAAGGUGAAAAAGGUCCUCAGGGAGAAAAGGGUCCUCCAGGUGACCCUGGGAUACCUGGUCAUAAAGGCCAUCCAGGACUGAUGGGACCCCAUGGACCCCCAGGAGACAGUGGGCAAGUUGGACCUCCCGGUCCUCCAGGACAGCCAGGAUUUCCAGGACCAAGGGGAGAACCCCCAUCUCUAGAGACUUUGAGAAGGCUCAUCCAACAGGAGUUAGACAAGCAGCUAGAUGCAAAGUUAGCCUAUCUCCUGGCUCAGAUACAGCCUGCACAUGUAAAAGCAUCCCAUGGAAGACCAGGACCUCCUGGUCCCCCUGGGAAGGAAGGACUCCCGGGAAGAACUGGCCCUCCGGGAGAGCCUGGCCGGCCUGGACAGACUGGGUCUGAAGGGCCAGCUGGACCAAUUGGUCCCAAAGGAGAAAGAGGAGCAAAGGGUGAGAAAGGAGAUACUGGCAUUGGCCAACGAGGGGAAAUAGGUCCUCCAGGAAUUCCAGGCCUCCCAGGGGAGCCUGGUUAUGCCAAAGAUGGAAUGCCAGGACCACCUGGCCCUCAAGGUGAAGCUGGGGUACCUGGUCUCAUGGGCCCGCAGGGACCUCCGGGAGCCAACGGACAGUGUGACCCUACUCAGUGUGCUUACUAUGCAAGCCUGGCUGCCAGACCCGCCAACGUCAAAGGGCCCUAGCAUGCAGAGAGUAUCCCCAGACUUGUUUUUAAAACUUGAAUUCGUCACACCUGCCAAAAGCUCUCAGAUGUCUUCAACUGUGUUUUUUUCAUGGGAGGCCUUCUGAAGCCAACAAAUGCUGCCGGUCGGUCAGAUUAUUUUUAUGAAUUAUAAUUAUUAUUAUUAUCUUUGAUGUGAUAUGUGAAAUUGUUUUUGUUUUCACUAACACCAGGGCAUAUUAAAACAUUAAAAAU